AGCGCAUCUCACUCAAUUUCUAUAAUCAAGUCGGCCAUUUUAGUGAUAAUGUUUUUAAGAUUUUAUUUAUUAAUGUAGUCGCGUGUUAUUUAAUUAAAACCCAGUUAUACUGACUGUAAUAAUAGAAUGUGUAAACUGUAAAACUAUAAUAAGUAUGGUGUUGACAUUAAAGUGAAGUGUACUGUGUACCUGAAAAUUGGCGUAAAUAUUGAAGAAUUUUAUAGUGUGGUAGCGAUAAAUUAGAAUCAUGUCAAGUAUAGACGAGCCCGGUUUCUCGGGAAAUGGAGCUAAUAUUCAAGUUUUCCGUCCUACAUGGGAUGAAUUUAAAGAUUUCAACAAGUACGUCCAGUAUAUGGAAUCCAAAGGGGCACAUAAGGCGGGUCUAGCUAAAGUUAUCCCACCGCCUGAAUGGGUGCCACGGAAGAAAGGUUACGAUCUGGACGAGCUCAACAUCACAAUACCCUCGCCAAUAUGUCAGGUAGUCACUGGUAAGCAAGGGUUAUUUCAACAAAUAAACAUACAAAAGAAAGCAAUGACUGUUAAGCAAUUUGCAGUCAUGGCAAACUCGGCAAAAUAUUGUACACCAAAACAUUCCAGCUUUGAAGACCUGGAGAGAAAGUAUUGGAAAAAUGUGACUUAUGUUGCACCAAUAUAUGGGGCUGAUGUGAAUGGCAGCAUCACAGAUCCUGAUGUAAAGGAAUGGAAUAUAAACCAUUUGGGCACUAUACUAGAUUUUGUUAACUCUGACUACGGCAUUGAAAUUGAUGGUGUUAACACUGCAUACUUAUACUUUGGUAUGUGGAAAACAACAUUUGCUUGGCACACAGAAGAUAUGGAUUUGUAUUCAAUCAAUUAUCUGCACUUUGGAGAACCAAAAACAUGGUACUCAAUACCGCCAGAACAUGGUAAGAGAUUUGAAAGAAUAGCAUCAGGCUUCUUUCCCACAUCAGCCAAAACUUGCCAAGCCUUUCUUCGACACAAAAUGACAUUGAUUUCACCGCAGAUUCUGAAGCAAUACUCAGUUCCUAUUAAUAAAGUCACUCAAAAAGCUGGGGAAAUAAUGAUAACUUUUCCAUUUGGAUAUCAUGCAGGAUUUAAUCAUGGGUUUAACUGUGCUGAGUCUACAAACUUUGCAGCUCCGAGAUGGGUUGAAUAUGGCAAGAGAGCUACACAGUGUACCUGCAGCAAUGAUAUGGUCAAGAUUUCUAUGGAUACUUUUGUGAAAAGAUUUCAACCUGACAGGUAUGAUUUGUGGCUUAAAGGGCAAGAUAUAGGCUGCCACCCGGAGCAGCCUGAGAAAAUGGUACCAGCACCACACCCAUCAGGACAAGAUAUUUUAUGCAAUAAAAAUAAUACAGAAUUACCAGAAUCAUUUAUAGAAGCAGAAGAAGAAGGUAUUAAGAAGAAGAAGAGACAUCCUCUUCAUUUAAAGCGGGCUAUGGCCAGCAAGAGUAUUUCGGAAGGGGCCAUAGCUGUAUCAAUAUUAGGUCAUGAUAUAAUGGAUGAUGAUGAAAUGACAAUGGCGGAAGGAGAUCUUGACAUGAUGACAUCUAUGAAGCGACCCAUGCUUCCAAUGGAUCCUGAUGAUGCACAACUUGAUGCACUUGAAGAUAUCUGGUUAAAAGGAGAUGAGAUGGACCCAUCUGAGGCACAGUUGCCUGACAUAGGUUAUAUUGAUUCAGAUAAAGAUUCAGAUUAUGGUGCACCGAAAGCCAAAAGAACUUCAAAAUCUAGGAAAAAGAGAAAAAACAGUUUAAAAAAGAGCAAUAAACUUCAUAGGCAAGACAUACCUGAAGAUGAAAAAAGUGAUUUGACAAAGGAUAGCUUAGAAGUUGUGAAAUCAACUCCAAAGGUGAAGAAACCAAGAGCCCCACGUGGGUCAAAGAAGAAGAUGGUAACUAAAAAGUUGUCAGAAGAGCACAAAGAUACUGUGGGGAAUCUAGUCUCAACUUUGGAAUCAACGUCUCAUGAACAUCCAUCACUACUACUCUCUGAAGUAGUCAAACUUGAUCCAUUAACAAAUGAACCUGUCUCUGAAGCAAAUGAAACAAUCACACAUACUGUUACUGUUGAAGUAAAAGUAAAGAAGGAAAGAAAAAAAAGAAAACCGAAGGUUGAGGGUGAGCUAAAAGAAAAACCCAAAAAAGAAAGAAUAAAAAAGGAACCAGUUAAGAAAGAAGUUAAAGAGAAAGGUGUUGAAAAGAUAAAGAAGCCAAGGAAACCGAGAACUCCUAAAACAACUCCAAGUUUUGAAUAUAAAUCUCCGUUAGAACCAGUGAUGGGAAGUAGGACUAAAUUAUAUGGAGAAAAUUCAAAGCCGUCAACAAGCUCUGUUUUGACUCCGAAAUCAUAUUCUGGUUUACUUUUGGAUACUAGUAUGAGAGUGCCGUCAUUCUUGCCCCCAAUCAAUAAAAACCCAAGUGCAUUUGAAAGUGAGUUUUAUAAAUUUAUGUCCCAAAAGUCUCAUGAACCUGUGUCUACAGUCAAGAGAAGGCCUGCGAAAAAGGUGGUUGUAACAACUAUUGAACCUCCUCCAUCACAAGUAAAACGGCAGCAAAGUGUUGAAGACAUCCCAAUGCCAACUGGAAGUUACAAUGAUAGUAUUUUUCUAGACGCUCCAUUAGACUGCCGAACUUACCCUCAGCCUGACAAACAAAAUAACACAUAUACUCCUCCUCCUGCAGAAACUUGGAGACCUGAAUACUACCCCCAUGUCCAAACGCAAAAUGCGAACCCAUAUAUCCCUAUGAAUUACCACCAUCCAUAUUACCACAGUCCAUACCAGUCUCCAUGGUAAAAUAAUGUGAAUAGUAUUAAUUGUAGAUUUUAAGUAAUUUUUAUUAGGAUUGUAUGUUUCACUAAACAUUUUAAUGUAUCUUUAAUUUUAAAUAAAUCUAGAAGAAUUAA